UGAACCAGGAUUGUAGCACACUGAGGAUUCUAUUCUGAAAGCAUUGGUCUUCCUGAACCCAAAUGGAUUGAGAUGGUGGAGUCAAAAAAGCAUAUUUAAAACUGGGUUCUGGGGCCCAGUAGAUAACACAGCACUAGUAUGUCAGGCUAACAAGAACAAGGACCUGAGUUCUAUCCUGACACCCACUCAUUAAUAAAUAGAUCUUUAAAAAAAAAAAAAAAAAGGAAGGAAGGAAGGAAGGAAGGGAAAAGAAAGAAAAAAGAAAAAGAAAACCCUAAAGUCCCUGGCACUCUGGGUCCAUCCACAGCUCACACCUCAGCCCUGGCUCCUAGGGCUCCUGGCCUGUCAGGUCCCCCUACCAUCUGGCAACAUCUGCUCCUCCCAGGAGGAAACAAUGGGGUCUCUGUGACCCAUACAACAUUCUGGUGGCCUCAUAAUGUGCCCCUGAGGUCAUCACAGAGAUAAAUUGGCCAUCCCCCAGCACCCUCGGCACAAAUCUGCUGAGACCAGUCUUGGGUGACCACCCUUAGUCGUCCUUCUGGCCAAGCAGGGGGAGGCUCAGGAGGAAGCCGCUGAGGAUACUGGUGAGUGGACACACCCCACCCCCAAGCAGCACCUGGUGGAGACUUCCAGCCGCCAUCCUGGAGGUCCUCACACCUAAUACCCUCGAGCCGUCCCAGGCAGAGAUGCAGAAAGACACCGCUCUGCCACCGCCACCUGCACCGCUUGCUCAAAACCCCACCGCCGGCACCUCGGCAGGACCCAGCAAGGGUGGCACAAGGCGCUCCAAAGUCUGCCGGAAGCCCAGCAUAUCCAAAGUGAUCCUGAGGACUGUGCAGGACAAGGGGGCGGGCAGCCACGUGUCCCUGGCCACCCUGAAGAAAGCUCUCUCCACCACGGGCUACGACAUAAGCCGCAACGCCUGGCGCUUCAAACUGGUGCUCAAGAAGCUGGUGGAGAAGGGCAUGCUCAAGCAGGUGACUGGCAAGGGGGCCUCUGGCUCCUUCCGGAUGGGCAAGAAGUUUGCUUCCAAGUUCAAGCUUAAAGCCAGGAAACAGCAGAGGAGGCGGAGGCAGCAGCCGCAGCAGCCCAAGCGGCAGCGGCAGCACCAGCAGUCUGGGCAGCGGCAGCCUGGACAACGCCAGAACAGGCGGCUCGGACUGCUGCUGGGCUCCAAGCAGGGACAAAAGCGCAUAGCGAAGGGGGCGCACCGCGGGGCCAGGCGCCGCGAUUAGAGCAAUGGAGGUGGGCCUGGCGAGCAGGCGGGGGUGCCAGGCCAGCCACAGGCUCAGUGUUGUGUGAAUAAAAGGCGCCUGACUUAUUACA